AUGUCGAAGAAGGAAAUUAUAGAUAAGUGGCUUCAGUCUGAUGCCGUGUGCUUCGAUGUUGACUCUACAGUAUGCCAAGUGAGUAGUCGUAUUAGUGAAUUUUUAUUUUUCAGGACGAAGCCAUUGACGAAUUAGCAGAAUUUAUGGAUAAAGGAGAGAUAAUAAGAGAAUUUACGGCCACGGCCAUGAACGGAAACCUCAAUUUUGGGGAAUCUCUUCAUAAACGGUAAGACUGUGAUGAUAUACAUCAUUCUUCAGCAUGGGCAUUAUUCAAGUGACCAAGAGAAAACUGGAAGAGUUUAUUCAAAAACAUCCAGUCCGUCUAACACCCGGAAUCUCUGAGUUGGUUUCUCGAUUACGACAUCGGGGAGUAGAGGUGUUUUUGGUCAGUGGAGGGUUCAGAGAGGUUAUUAAUCCUGUAGCCAGCCAACUUAACAUUCCUGAAGAUCAUGUUUUUGCAAAUCGAAUUAUCUUUGAUUCCAGUGGUAAUUACUCGGACUUUGAUCGAAGUGAGCCGACCAGUGAUUCGGGUGAUAAGAGCAAGGGAAAACCCCGAGUUUGUGGGUUACUCAAGGAAAGGUGUGUGAUUCCGGUGGUUGCUUGUAGUUUAUUGUCAUCACUGAAUCUAACUUUCGUAGGAUUACAACAAAACAAAAUAUAAAAACGACGUGACUUUUAAGAGAUCCAACGUAAAUAAUAUACUUUUGUGAUGCAUUUUAAUAUUUUUUAAAGUAAUUUGUAAUGUAAAAUGAUUUAUUCAGAUUCGGAUACAAAUGUUUAACUAUGGUGGGUGAUGGAUACACCGACUAUGAGGCAUGCCCACCAGCAGAUUUAUUCAUAGGUUUUGGAGGAAAUCAAGUCAGAGAACGGGUAAAAGCAGCUUCACAAUGGUAUGUAAUGGACUUCCGAGAACUGAUAGACACAUUAAAACAAUAA